AUGAACACAAAAAAGCGGAAUCUGAGGAAGAGGGCUGCUAGUGAGAGUGAUGAAGAAGAGAAUAUUGCAGAAGCACCACCAAAUGAGCCACCAGAUGACGAUGCCGAUGAUCCCAUGAGGGAGUAUGAGGAGGAAGAACGGGACAGGGAGAACGACAUAAAGGAACGAGACGCUUUUGUUCAGCGCCUUUUAACUAGAGACAAUGAGUCGAAUAAGAAAGCUGUCCGUGGUUCUCGCUUGGAGGAAGAUCUUAAACGUCUGGAACGUGGAGAAGUGACAAGGGAGGAACUUCUCGAAGAACUUAAGAAGAAAUCCCGCUGGGAAUACCUGAAGAAACGACAGCUAGAUAAACUACAGGAUUUGGAAGCGGAAAUCCGUGAUGAAGAAACGUUCUUUGGCGAAGAAGAGCAAGUCUUAUGUUUUUUUAAGUCUUGUAGGCUUACUGAGCUUGAGCGGACCGAACUUAAAUACAAGCGAACGAUUCUUGAGGCAGCAAACGCUCACAAAGUUGUCACGGCUGAACAAAAUGCUCAACAUUAUUUUAUUCCGACGGAGAAUAAGCGUCCUGACGACACGUACUAUGAAACUGAAGCUGAAAAAGGCCCCCACGGUGAAAAUCGAAGAUGGGAACAAGAACACCUAAGUUCAGCCCUAUUUAAACUUGGUGCCAGAGACAGCAAAGUCAAGGAAAAGUACGAACUUAUUUUGGACGAUGAGAUAGAAUUUAUGAAGGCCCUGACCCAACCUGGCUCAAAUGUAAAUCUUGAGCCAGAAUUGACACCCGAGGAGCAGUUGCGCAGGCGUUCUGAGGAGCAGAAAAAGACUCUUCAGGAGACUCGCAAAUCCCUUCCAAUAUAUAACUUUCGUAGAGCCCUACUGGAUGCAAUCAAAGAUCAUCAGGUCCUUGUAAUUGAAGGCGAAACAGGUUCUGGAAAAACCACUCAAAUACCGCAAUAUUUGUACGAGGCCGGCUACUGCAAGGCCGGUAAGCGGAUUGGUUGCACACAGCCGCGCCGAGUUGCGGCUAUGUCAGUGGCAGCACGAGUGGCGCAGGAGAUGUCGGUGAAGCUGGGUCUCGAGGUGGGCUACACCGUCCGUUUUGAGGACUGCACCUCAGAACGCACGAUGGUGAAGUACAUGACCGACGGUAUGCUGCUGCGCGAGUUCCUCAGCGAGCCCGAUCUCGCCUCCUAUUCCGUCAUGAUGAUUGACGAGGCGCACGAACGCACCCUCCACACCGACGUCCUCUUUGGUCUCGUCAAGGAUGUGGCCCGAUUCCGACCUGAUUUGAAACUUCUCAUCAGUUCAGCCACUCUGGACGCGCAGAAGUUUUCCCACUUCUUUGAUGACGCGCCCAUCUUCCGAAUUCCUGGCAGACGAUAUCCUGCGCCGGAAGCGGACUACAUAGAGGCGGCGAUAGUGACAGUGCUGCAGAUUCACGUUACCCAACCGCCGGGAGACAUUUUGGUCUUUUUUACGGGGCAGGAGGAGAUUGAGACGGCCAAUGAGGCGUUGCUGGAGCGCACCAAAAAGAUGGGUAGCAAGAUGCGCGAACUCAUCAUCCUCCCUAUUUACUCCGCUCUUCCCUCUGAUAUGCAGGCAAAGAUUUUCGUUCCGACUCCUCCCGGGGCAAGAAAGGUAGUCCUGGCCACCAACAUCGCUGAAACCUCGCUAACAAUCGACGGUAUCAUCUACGUCAUCGACACGGGCUUUUGCAAGCAGAAUUUUUACAGUGCUCGUGCCGGAAUCGAGUCCCUCCUAGUGGUGCCAAUCUCCCGAGCAGCAGCCGACCAACGUGCCGGCAGGGCGGGUCGAGUGGCGGCGGGUAAGUGUUUUCGUCUCUAUACCUCGCACGCCUAUCACACGGAACUGGAGGCCCAGCCGGUGCCGGAGAUCCAGCGCACCAAUCUUGGGAACGUGGUGCUGCUCCUUAAGUCGCUGGGCAUCGACGACCUCCUACACUUCGACUACAUGGACCCCCCGCCGCAUGACGCCUUGGUGAUGGCGUUGGAACAGCUCUAUGCUCUCGGUGCACUUAACCACAAGGGUGAGCUCACCAAGACUGGACGGCGGAUGGCUGAGUUCCCCUGCGAUCCCAUGCUCUCUAAGAUGAUUCUCGCCUCAGAGAAAUACAAAUGCUCGGAAGAGGCGAUCACAAUUUCUGCCAUGCUCUCAGUGAACAACUCCAUCUUUUAUCGCCCCAAGGACAAGGUGGUGCAUGCUGAUGCAGCCCGCAAGGCCUUCCAUCACGUAACAGGAGAUCAUCUCACUCUCAUGAAUGUAUACAAUCAGUGGGCCAAUGCUGACUUCUCUGCGCAAUGGUGCUACGAGCACUUCAUUCAGCACCGGACCAUGAAGCGGGCGAGGGACAUUCGAGACCAGUUUGUCAGUCUCCUGGAGCGGGUGGAGAUCCAACCGAUGAGUAACCCCGGCGAUCAUAUUGGCAUCAGAAAAGCUCUUACGGCAGGGUUCUUCUACCACACGGCACGUUUCACGGGCAAUGGAUACAAGACAGUAAAGCAUCAGCACACUAUCCACCCACACCCCAACAGCGCUCUGGCUGAGCAACAGCCACGGUGGGUGCUCUACCACGAGUUAGUCUUCACCACGCGCGAGUUCAUGCGACAGGUGACCGAGAUUGAGCCCCGUUGGCUCACUGAAGUUGCACCGCACUAUUACAAGUCCACGGAGAUCGAGGAGGCUACACGUAAAAUGCCUAAAAACCGGGGUAUAGCUCGCGUCGAUCUGGAGGCCCGGGACGCCUAA